AUGGAUGGAGAAGACGCAACGCGCGCCCUCAGUGAAAGUAAAGAGGAGGUUGCAUCCAAGGAAGAAGUUGAAAGAAAUGUCGCCACCGACGCACCUGCCGCGUCUGCAGCACACGACGAGGAGCCACCUCAGCGCAGCAAGCUGAAGGUCAGCCUGAUCAUGUUUUCGCUCGCCGUCGCCGUACUUCUCGUCGCAUUAGAUAUCACGAUCGUUACGACCGCCCUACCUACCAUCGCCGAAGAGUUCAACUCUGCAUCUGGAUACACAUGGGUUGGUUCAGCCUACCUAAUCGCGAACUCAGCCGCAACUCCAAUCUGGGGCAAGGUGUCAGACAUCUUCGGUCGCAAACCAUGCCUGUUGAUCACAAAUGCUAUCUUUUUCGUUGGCUCCUUGAUCGCUGCGCUGUCAGUCAAUAUGAACAUGUUGAUUGGUGCUCGAGUCAUCCAGGGUAUGGGUGGUGGCGGUCUGAUCGUUCUGGUCAACAUUGCCAUCUCUGAUCUGUUCGCUAUGCGCGAUCGCGGAGCAUACUUUGGUAUUAUCGGUGGUGUAUGGGCACUCGCCAGUAGUCUGGGGCCGAUUGUGGGAGGACUGUUCACACAGAAGGUCAACUGGAGAUGGUGUUUCUGGAUCAACUUGCCGUUCGACGGCCUGGCUUUCAUCAUCCUGAUCUUUUUCCUCGAUAUCCACACUCCGAAGACACCAUUGCGCAAGGGACUGAAGGCUGUUGACUGGCUUGGUUCCCUGACUAUGGUUUCAGGUACCAUUAUGGUUCUCCUCGGCCUUGAGUACGGCGGCAUUGCGCAUCCAUGGGACUCAGCAAUCGUGCUCUGCUUGAUCAUCUUCGGUGUCGUCACCAUUGGCUUGUUCUUCGUGGUCGAAUCACGACUUGCGCCUUACCCGCUCAUGCCUCUGAGCAUCUUCUCGAAGCGUUCGAACGUCGCCGCUCUCGGUACUUGCUUCUGCCACGCCUUCGUAUUCAUUCCCGGUAACUACUUCUUACCCCUGUACUUCCAGGCCGUUCUCGGCGCGACACCCAUCCUUUCUGGUGUUUACUUGCUCCCGACCGCGAUCGCUCUUUCUAUCUUCUCGAUCAUGACGGGUAUCACAAUCAGGAACACUGGACAGUAUCGUCCCAUUAUUUGGUUCGGCAUGUUCAUGAUGACCCUUGGUACUGGUCUGUUCAUCGAUCUCGGAGCGAACUCGGGAUGGGCAAAGAUCAUCAUUUAUCAGGUCAUUGCUGGUAUUGGUGUAGGACCAAACUUCCAGGCUCCCCUUAUCGCCAUGCAGAGUCUUGUCCCUAAACGCGACAUCGCAACAGCAACAGCAACAUUCGGUUUCACACGCAACCUUGGCUCCGCCAUCUCCGUUGUCGUCGGCUCCGUCAUCUUCCAAAACGAAAUGAAGUCGCAACAAGGCUCUCUCCGUGCCUCCCUCGGCGACCAAACUGCAUCGUCUUUUGGAGGUGGUGCAGCAGGCGCGAACGUUGGCCUCAUCAAUUCACUUCCUGGGCCCCAGAAGGCCAUCGCUAGGGACGCAUUCGCGCAGAGCUUAAGCAAGAUGUGGAUUCUGUAUGCCGUGUUUGGUGCGGUAGGGUUAUUCAUAUCAUUGCUAAUUGGGGUGAACGUGUUGGACAAGCAUCAUGAGGAGACGAAGACAGGAUUGGAUAUUGAGAAGGAGAGGAGAGCCGAGAGGGAGGCGGAGAAGGCAGAGAAGAGGUUGAAGAGGGCUAGCAAGGGGCAGAGCAAGGCGAGCUUGCCAUUGGAUGUCGAAAAGGGGACUGCGCCGCCUACUACAGAGGGUGGGAAGGAGGUCAAGGUUUAA